AUGGCUGCCCUAUCACGCCGCGGUCGUGGAAAUGCUCCGCAACUGAGUUGUGAACGUUGUCGAGAGCGGAAGGUUAAAUGCGACAAAUUGGAUCCUUGUACCGGCUGUAUUAUCGCUGGAGUAUCUUGCAAAACAAUUUAUCGCGAUCGUUUGCCUCGCGGUCGCCAUGCCCGAAAGUCCAUUGGUAACCUAGAGCCGUCGACACCCCGAGUAACGAGACAUGCAAAUAGACGGGCAGCGGUCACGACUGCUGAAGCCUCAUAUAAGGAGCUCCGCGAACGUGUUGAGAACCUCGAAACUCUGCUCCAAAGUAUGGCCAACCAAGGCACUGUACCUCCUACCACCUCCGACAUCACAGCAGGCAGGGCAGCGAUUCGAGCAGACAGGAUUCCGACAACUCGCCGAGACCGAUCUGAACAGCCCGAACAAUGCCAUCCGCGCAGUUCUGAGGGUGUCCUAGUGGAUGUGCAACCUUCGCACAACAAUGAUGCUGUCCUCUGCGUUCAUGCCGCGACGCAAAUGGCUCUGGAUGGUGGAGUUCUCGCGGCUUUGGGUAUUGGUACAGCAUCUCAUUCACCUGUAGUCGAUCAUCAGACCGGAUCCCUCUUAGACGCGACAGGCAUUGCUCGACUCGUGGGCGUGUACUUUGUACAGAUCGAUCCUAUCCUCAAGAUGCUUCACCGGCCAUCUGUAGAACGCUUGCUCUUGCAUGAAGAGACAUGUUUAGAGAUCUCGAAUAAGAAUUCGUCAGCCGACGCACUUCAAAAUGCGAUAUGCUAUGCUGCAGCAGGCAGUAUGACCGACCAGCAAUCCCGAUCACUACUGGGGAAGAGCAAACUUUUGCUCUCAGAAGAGCUCUGCAGUGCAUGCGAGAGAUCUCUGGUUAGUGCAAAUCUGAUCUCCACCAGUGAUAUGGCCGUCUUGCAGGCUUUCGUGCUAUAUCUUUUUGCGAGAAAGUCCUUCGAUGUGAGCACAAGUACUUGGACUUUAGUCUCCAUUGCCGUAAGAAUUGGUGAGAAGCUACGACUUUACAAAAGGACCAAAACAGAUGAAUUCUUCGAGACGCAAAUGAAAGUGAGAUUAUGGCUUACCAUCUGCAUGCUGGACUACCAAACCGCUAUGUCGCAACGCUCUGAUCCACUAAUCGAUUACGGAAAAGUCAAAGAAGCGUUAGCUCAACUCCGGCAUGUCAACGAUGCAGAUUUUGGACCAUCAAGUCUUGUUGCGAUAGAAGACCAGGAAGAUCUGACCGAUAUGACAUUCGCAUAUGUGUUGUUCCAGCACCAGCUCGCAGGCCGACUAUUGAACUUUGAUGCCUUGUCUGAAAAUGAGAGCGAAGAGACACGUCAAGGAUACGCUCGCGAGUUUGAGGAGAAAGCCUUGGGUGUCUUGCGCUUUUGCGAUCCCGAAUCUUCUCAACUGGCAUGGUUCACUUGGCAUGCAACGCAGUGUCACAUAGCCAUCAUCCGAGUCUCCAGAUUGCGUCCCUUAUGCAAGUCCCUUUACAACAGCGAUGGUAUCCUACAGUGCCCUGCCAGAGAUUCUGAGCUUCUGCGUAUGACUCUCCGCGUGCUAGAGAAGACUCAAAUGAUGCAUACCGAUCCCCGAGGAGAACCCUAUAGGUGGUAUUCUACCAUGCCUUGGCCCAUGCUUGCCACAGCUCUAUCAGCCUGUGGGUCUUGUAGCAAUGCUGAAUUGACAUUGCAGGGAUGGCCGGUCUUGGAAUGGUGGUAUCGACAGCACGAAGCUCUGAUAGCACAGAGUGGAGAUGAUCCUUCGCAAGGUGUGCUGGCGAGUGCGAUGAAACGUGCGUCAACUAACAUCGCCGCGCUGUCUUCACAAGACUCCAACGGUGUCAGCACGGAUGAGACAAACGUGUCCAGGUCACUUUUGGACACUUCGACGAACAUGGGCUUUGACAAUCCGGGAGCCAUUCUUGACGAGCAUGAUACUUGCUUGAAUCCCAAUCUGGAUUUGGCGCUGGGAGUGUUCGACUCCCUGCCGUGGUUUGCAGAUGCUACGUCGGGCGAGCUGGACGCAAUGUUUUUCAAUGAUUGGGACUUUUCCCACCCCACUCUAGAAUAA